GGAAACUAAGAGCAACUGAUUUCAUUUCUUUUGUAUAUUUAUUUGUCACACCUAUAUAUACUAUAGUUAUAAACUGAACAUAGAUAUUUUCAUUUUUGUUUUUAUUUUUAUUGUUUAUUCGAAUAAAUUAUGAUCAACAGUCCGCGCGAACAACAGGUGCAGGACGAACAGGUAGAACAUCCGAAGAUACUAUCGUCUUUUAAUCACCGAAACCCAUCGUACACGGGAUCUAUCGAAAACGGUGAAAUAGAAAUCGAUAAGAGAAACGAAGUUUAUGAUGUGCCUCAACAAACUGAAAACGUAUACGUGCAUUUGUCAAGUAAACCUAUUAGUCAAAUGCUAGAAAACUGGAAUCAAGAAGAUCGCGCGGCGGUAGUGUACCAACAAAAUUCUAUGAAAACUGAAUUGAGAUCUCCUGCAGAUUGUUGCGGUAGGUCUACGCGGUAUUUCACAGAUCAUUACUACCCACAUUCUCCAACCAACUUCAGAAGUCUGGCCACUAGAAACCUAUACUAUGAUUAUUACGAUUCACCUGCAGUAAUGACGCACAAGAAAGACCCAGACGCCAAGUUCUAUUACGGGCAAGACGCCAACGAAAACGCCACUAGAUACUCGACACAAGGUGAAGUCUCAGAAUCAAAGACAGUAGUACCUUUGGGUCACGAGGGUAAUGGAACAGGGUACACCGGAAUUGCCGUGCCGCCACAACCCCAGCGCAGGGGCGCGUUGCAACUGUGGCAGUUCCUGGUCACUUUGCUGGACGACCCAAACAACGCAUCAUGUAUUGUAUGGACUGGAAGAGGAAUGGAGUUUAAGCUCGUGGAACCAGAAGAGGUAGCCAGACGAUGGGGAUUGCAGAAGAACAGACCGGCAAUGAACUACGACAAAUUGAGCAGGUCACUUAGAUAUUAUUACGAAAAGGGAAUCAUGCAGAAAGUGGCGGGCGAACGGUACGUUUACAAAUUUGUUUGCGACCCCGAGGCGCUCUUCAACAUGGCGGCCACGUACGACUACGCUGCAGUAUCCGAUACGUCUGGCGGGCACGGCGGCAUCGCGACCUCGACCGCUGGCCAUCAUCAUCAUCUGCACCAUCACCAUCACCAUCACCACCAGCAGCUGGCUACCAGAUAUGCGGCGGCCGCCGCCGCUGCUGCCGCUGCUGCUGCGGCCGCUGCCACCGUGGCGGCCAACGUGCACACGUCGGGGGGUGCAACGCCCGCGGUGUACGGCGGUCCGCCGCCCGCGAUCGGAGCCGACGUCGACGGUGCUGGUCGCUCCUCUUACGGUUGCGCUUACGGUGGCGGCACCGACGGCGGCGGUAAGUCCGUUACGGCCGUGGCAGUCACGACUGCGGCAACGCCGGCAAACGCGACCACCACUCCGCCCACAUCGUCGCCGUCGCUGUUGUCGUCCACUUCGUCUUCGUCGUCCUCCUCGUCCACGUCAUCGUUGGCCGACGGCGGUGGCGUCAAAUCCGAAUCCGGCAGAGACUGUAAGUCUACUGCUGUGGUGGCGGCCGGUAGACGUCAUAACCAUCACCAACACCAGAGGCCAGAGAUGACAAUCGACCGUCACCCACACCAACACCACCUUCAACACCAUCACCAUCACCACCAACUCCACCACCACUACCAGCAGCAGCAACAACAACAUCAACCACAACCACAACCACAAUCACAACAACAAUUACAACAACAGCAGCAUCGGCAUCACGGAGAAGAAUUAUCAGUAAACCAUCAACAUCACCCGUCGUUAAUAGUUGACGCGGUCACCACCGCUACGGCCGGCGAUGGAGUCGGUUACUGGACGGCUGGCGUUUUCGUCCGAUAAUACCUACACGAUAUGUACUUUGUAAUCUGUAAGUUAAGGCUAUAGUUGAAAUCGAACAAGCCUUCAGAAAUGCCCGGGCAAAACGCGAAUUAACCACGAUAUUUGGACAAACCCAUAAUGACAUUAAUAGUAAGAUUUUGUUACAAUUAUAAAUUAUUACACGUAAUCAAUUUAUCGUUGUUAUCAUAUUUCAUCUACUCCUACUAUUAUAAGU